CCUUUGGGGGGGGGGGCUGUCUGCCUGCUUUCUGGUACCCCUCACCCAGGGCCAGCUGCCCGAUAAGGGCUCCUGGUUGCCUUUAAGGGCGUUUUUAGGGGAGGCGAGGGGAGCGGAGCGGGGCUGGACUUGGAGCGCGCUGUGCAGCUGGGAAGAGAGGGAAAAGGAGAAGAAAGAGAGAAGGAGCGAGAGGAGAAAGGGGAGUGGUGGAAAAAGCCGCCCGGGACCCCCUUCCUCCCCAGAGCCGGGGCCGGCGCCCCGAACUCCCCAGUCCCCGGCUGUUCCAAGGGUGCGGAGGGCAGCGGGGGGCCGGCGGGACCCCCUGGGCUCCACCAUCGCCGGGGUCCUGCUUGAGGGGAGCGAAACCUUUCGGCUCUCCCCCUCCUUCUCUCCCCUCCCUCCUCCCUCCGUCCUUCCUUCCUUCCUUCUCCAGGCUUGGCCCGGGGAGGGAGGGGGGCUCUGCCUGCAGUCUGCCUUCACGCCUGCCCGCCCGCCCGGGCGACGCCGGGCUCCCGCCUGUCCCCCCCCGCGGCCCUCCCGGCCGCCCCCCGCGCCCCCCGGGCCAGGUGAGGCAGCGCUGCCGUCCCUUUCGGAUGUAGGCAGGCGAGACCCCGGAUGGAUUUCGGGAGCGUCAUGAACCAGGCUGUGACCCCCUGCUCCUCUGCUAUCAACUAUGAGCUGCCAUCUGUGGGAGAGAGCAUCAGGAAGCAGGUAGACACCCUGGAUGCCACGAAAUCCCCCAGGAGUGGGCAGUCACGCCGCAAAGCAUCCAGGAGCAUGAGCCUGACAGCGGCCAUGGAGAGCAGCUGUGAGCUGGACCUGGUGUACAUCACGGAGCGGAUCAUCGCCGUCUCCUUCCCCAGCACGGCCGAGGAGCAGAACUUCUGCAGCAACCUCCGUGAGGUGGCCCACAUGCUGAAGUCCAAGCACGGGGACAACUAUGUGCUCUUCAACCUCUCUGAGCGAAGAAAUGAUGUCAGCAAACUUCACCCCAAGGUGCUGGAUUUUGGGUGGCCUGACCUGCACACCCCAGCGCUGGAGAAAAUCUGCAGCAUUUGCAAAGCCAUGGACACAUGGCUCAAUGCGGUGCCACACAACGUGGUGGUGCUGCACAACAAGGGGAACCGUGGCCGGCUGGGAGUGGUGGUGGCUGCCUACAUGCACUACAGCAACAUCUCAGCCAGCGCCAACCAGGCUCUGGACAGAUUUGCCAUGAAGCGCUUCUAUGAGGACAAGAUAGUGCCUGUGGGACAGCCAUCCCAGAAGAGGUACAUCCAUUAUUUCAGCGGGCUCCUCUCUGGCAGCAUCAAGAUGAACAACAAGCCCCUCUUCCUCCAUCAUGUCAUCAUGCACGGCAUCCCCAACUUCGAGUCCAAAGGCGGUUGUCGGCCCUUCCUGAAAAUCUACCAGGCCAUGCAGCCUGUCUACACCUCGGGGAUCUACAACGUGCAAGGAGACAGCCAGACGGGCAUCUGCAUCACCAUUGAGCCUGGCUUGCUCCUCAAGGGUGAUAUCUUGCUGAAGUGUUACCACAAGAAGUUCCGCAGCCCGACCCGGGACGUGAUUUUCCGCGUGCAGUUCCACACAUGCGCUGUGCAUGACCUCGAUGUCGUUUUUGGCAAGGAGGACCUGGACGAGGCCUUCAGAGAUGACCGUUUUCCUGAAUAUGGAAAGGUGGAGUUCGUGUUCUCCUAUGGCCCUGAGAAGAUCCAAGGCAUGGAGCACCUGGAGAACGGGCCCAGCGUUUCCGUGGACUACAACACGUCCGACCCACUCAUCCGGUGGGACUCCUACGAGAACUUCAACGUCCAGCGCGAGGAGAGCAUGGAGGGCACCUGGGCUGAGCCACCCCUGCCUGGCAAGCACCUGGAGAAAGAGGUUGGGCACACACAAGGGCCCCUGGACGGGAGCCUCUACGCUAAAGUGAAGAAGAAAGAUUCCCUGCACGGCAGCACUGGUGCCGUCAACGCCGCCCGCCUCCUACUCUCGGCAGCGCCCAACCACGUCGAGCACACCCUCUCGGUGAGCAGCGAUUCAGGCAACUCCACCGCCUCCAACAAGACCGACCGGACCGAUGAGCCGGGGGUGCCUGCGGUGCCCGGUGGCCAGGCGGUGCUGAGCCCCGAGGAGAAGCGGGAGCUGGAUCGUCUCCUUGUCGGCUUCGGCUUGGAGAGCGCUCCUCCCAUGCACAACCACGUGCCUGGCCCCGUACCGGUGCGCCUGCCCACCAUGCCAGGCCGCCAUGUGGUGCCGGCUCAGGUGCAUGUCAACGGGAAUGCUGCGGUGCUGGUGGCUGAGCGGGAAACAGAUAUCUUGGAUGAUGAGCUACCCAACCAGGAUGGGCACAGUGUGGGCAGCCUGGGCACUCUUUCCUCCUUGGAUGGCACCACCACCGCCAGUGAGGCUGGCUACCAAGAGGCACCCCGGGUGGGCAGCCUCUCCUCCCUACCCAAUGGCCCCACAAGCUGCAAUGGGGCUGAGAAGCUGCUGAAGGAUGGGCUGUACGAUGGCGAGCCGCUCUCCAAUGGUGGUUACUCCUACAACAACCAGAAUGCCCUCAUGGGCCACCACGUCCGUGACCCACUGCCCCCCUUGCGGUCCUCAGCAUCUGCUCAGGAGCACCUGGCUGGCUACCCACAGCGCCCACAGGGCUCCCAUGCCCCAGGCUGGCACCAACCCCAUGCACUGCCUGGAUCCCAGCACUACCUGUACAGCUACGAUCCCCCCGGCACCUAUCGCUCCCGGUCCUUCCCGGCGGUGGACGCGGUCAAGUACAACACGACCCCAGCGCUGCCCCAGGCCCCAGCUCGUAGCACCAGCAGCCGGGAAGCCGUGCAGAGGGGCUUGAAUUCCUGGCAGCAGCAAGGAGGGAGCCGGCCACCUUCCCGGCUGCAGGAGGGUGGCGUGGAGAGCCACAGCCCCAGCAUGUCCAGCUGCAGCCCCCAGCCCAGCCCACUGCAGCUGGUGCCCCCACACAGCCACAGCAUGCCUGAGUUCCCCCGGGCGCCCUCCCGCCGGGAGAUUGAGCAGUCCAUCGAAGCCCUUGAUGUCCUCAUGCUGGACCUCGCGCCUGCCAUCCACAAGUCUCAGAGUGUGCCUGCUGCCUCCCACCAGGACAAACCGGCGGGACCCCUGUGCUCCUCCCCUCUGGCACAGCCCGGUGCCGGUCUCUAUGCCCGGCCAGCCCCACAGGUGGCCCAGCUGAGGUCCUUCGGCACCUCUGUGAGCCCUGUGGUGUCCGAGCCUGGGGUUAAAGCCUAUUCUCCAGGGGAAUUGGACUAUGGGGUGCAUGAGUACCGGGAGACCUAUUCGCCGUACAACUACCAGCCGGCACCGGUGCCGGAGCUGAGGAGCUACAGUCAUGCUCCAGCUGGACCACCCAUGGGCAUCCUCCCGCUCAGCACUUCCUACAGCCCCGUGGGGUCUCAGCAGCUCCUCGUCUCCUCCCCGCCUUCCCCCACCGUCCCAGCACAAACCCAGAUGCCCCUCAAGGGACCAGAGAGCUAUGAAGACCUGUCGAGGUUGGGAGAAGAACCCUUGAAUCUGGAGGGCCUGGUGGCCCACAGGGUGGCAGAGUACAACGCCAGGCUCAGGAACCUCAACAAGAGCACCAAAGUCCCCCGUCCUCCUCUGAACAAGCAACGGUCCUUCUCUGGGGUACAGUCCCAGGAGAAACCCCCGGAGGAGAGUGUGGUCCCUGCCCGCAAGCAGACCCCCAGCAACAGCCACUAUGAGAAGAGUUCCCCAGAGCCCAGCUCACCCCGCAGCCCCACCGUCCUCUCGCCUGAGGUGGUCAGCACCAUCGCGGCCAACCCCGGAGGGAGGCCCAAAGAGCCUCACCUCCACAGCUACAAAGAAGCCUUUGAAGAGAUGGAGGGUGCCUCCCCCACCAGCCCACCCUCCAGCGGCGGUGAGACUUCUCCCCCCACCCCAGCCUUCCCUGUCUCACCACAAACCCCUUGCUCUGAUCCCUUGCGCUCUCCCCCCGGCCUGGCGAAGACCCCGCUCUCAGCACUGGGGCUGAAACCCCACAACCCGGCUGAGAUCCUGCUGCAUCCGGUGGGAGAGCCCAGGAGCUACGUUGAGUCUGUGGCCCGCACAGCCACGACAGGCAGGGGAGGGAGCCUGCCCACCACCCAGCCCGUGGGCCCAGAGAUGCCCACCAGGAACGGCACCUUCAACAACUCCUUCACUGCCCCCAGCCCUGUCUCCACCAGCAGCCCCAUUCACAGUGUGGACGGGACCUCCCUCCACAGCUACCCCUCAGAUGGCAGCCCCCAUGGCACGGUUACACCUCCUCAUGCAUCGAUCGAGCCUGUUUACCGGUCACCUGUCAGCUCGCAGAUGCCUUCUGCUCACAGCAGCUACCAAAACUCAUCUCCGUCUUCCCUUGCAACGGUCCAAGGUGGGGGCCUGGGCUCGUCGUACUCCAGCCCUGACUACCCCGAUAGCCGAGCUGCCCUCCAGCCAGACCCCCAAGCUCGUCCGCAACCACAGGUCAAUGUGGUAGGAGUUCACGUCCUGCCAGGGAGCCCUCGCUCCCUGCACCGGACAGUGGCUACCAACACGCCACCCAGUCCCGGCUUCGGGCGAAGAGCUGUCAAUCCUGGCAUGAGCGGUGCUCCUGGCAGCCCCGGGCUGGGCAGACAUGCUGUGGCAGCCCAUGGCAACCUGGUGGCCUCACCGGGGAGCCCCAGCCUGGCCAGGCAUCAAACCGCAGCUGUCCCCCCUGGCAGCCCCUUGUAUGGCUACCCCAGCCCAGAUGAGAGGCGCCCAACACUGUCCCGGCAGAGCAGCUCCUCUGGCUACCAGCCUCCCUCCACGCCAUCCUUCCCCGUCUCACCGGCGUACUACCCUGGCACGAGCACACCGCACUCUUCCUCCCCGGACUCGGCCGCGUACCACCAGGGCAGCCCCACACCACAGCCCGCGCUGCCGGAGAAGAGGCGGAUGUCGGCUGGGGACCGCUCCAACAGCCUCCCCAACUACGCCACUGUCAACGGCAAGGCGUCCUCACCCCUCUCCAGUGGCAUGUCCAGCCCCAGCAGUGGGAGUGCUGUCACCUUCCACACCCUGCCGGACUUCUCCAAGCUCUCCAUGCCAGACAUCAGCCCUGAGACUCGUGCCAAUGUCAAGUUUGUGCAGGACACUUCCAAGUACUGGUACAAACCGGAGAUCUCCAGGGAGCAGGCCAUUGCAUUGCUGAAGGACAGGGAGCCAGGGGCUUUCAUCAUCCGAGACAGCCACUCCUUCCGGGGAGCCUACGGCCUUGCCAUGAAAGUAGCUUCUCCACCUCCCACGGUCAUGCAGCAGAACAAGAAAGGAGACAUCACCAAUGAGCUGGUGAGACAUUUCCUCAUCGAGACCAGCCCGCGGGGUGUGAAACUAAAAGGAUGCCCCAACGAGCCCAAUUUUGGCUGUCUCUCAGCUCUGGUGUACCAGCACUCCAUCAUGCCCUUGGCCUUGCCCUGCAAGCUGGUCAUUCCUGACCGAGAUCCCAUGGAGGAAAAGAAAGACACCACAUCAGCCACCAACUCACCCACAGACCUCCUCAAACAGGGCGCAGCCUGCAAUGUCCUCUUCAUCAACUCAGUGGAGAUGGAGUCACUGACAGGCCCCCAGGCUAUUGCAAAGGCUGUAGCUGAGACGCUGGUGGCUGACCCCACACCCACCGCUACCAUCGUCCACUUCAAAGUCUCCGCACAAGGCAUCACCUUAACUGACAACCAGAGGAAGUUGUUCUUCCGACGACACUACCCCCUCAACACCGUCACAUUCUGCAACCUGGACCCCCAGGAACGAAAGUGGACUAAAACUGAUGGCAGCGGCCCAGCCAAGCUCUUUGGCUUUGUGGCCAGGAAGCAAGGGAGCACCACAGACAACAUCUGCCAUCUCUUUGCCGAGCUGGACCCAGACCAGCCAGCUGCAGCCAUUGUCAACUUUGUCUCCAGGGUCAUGCUUGGCUCCAGCCAGAAAAGAUGAGCUGGUGCUUGCGGGUGAUUCUUGAAUUUUGGAGAAGGACUUGGAGCUGAUCCGAGAAGGAGUGUGAGGAAGUGCAUUGUGGGAGAGGGAAGUGAAUUGGGGGAAAAAAAAGGGUUGGAAUUCUGGAGGAAAACAGCAAACAACAAAAAUCCUAAAAGCCAAUGGAACCCCUAAAAACUCAACACAAGCCAAACACACACACAGAGCAACCAAAAUCACGCACCUAUGUAAGAGAGCCACAAAGUCACGCCAGACAGGAUGCAUGUCCCACCGCAGGGAAGGUGACCAAAGCGAAGGCUUUCGGCAUAAUGGUCCUGACAUCCACUUGAGACCAAAUGCAAGACCAUGACUGGUUGUUUUCCAUCUGGGCAAAAAAAAAAAAGACAACCAGCAAAGCCCAUGCUUCAUCCCAGCAGCUCCAUCAGCGAACGUCUGCUUUGUGUUUGAAAUGACCCGUAGGAUAUAACAACAUGGCUGGGUCUGCGGGACACUGGAGGAGAUGCUCUCGGAAACCUUCCCUUGCCCGGCUGCAGUGGAGGGUCCUCACUUAUCCAUUUGGUUCUCCUGAAACCUGCUGGUAGCCUGGCAAGUUGCUGGGGGUGUGUGUGGGGGGGUUGGUCCUGAUCCGUCCUGUCUCUGGGGAGCUCAGCGAUGGGCUGACCUCCAUUGCUGACCCAGAACCCAGCGCUGGUCGCAGGUGAGCUGCUGUGAGCCCGCACGGAGAGCGGGUCACGGCACUUCCCCACCUCCCCAGAGUGCUCGUGCCUGCCACGUCUGAGGGGGUGUGUGGGGGCUCCUGCUGCCCCGUGCGUCGGGAAGGCAGAUGCUCCCCCGGAGCCUCCACAGAGGAUACACUAAUCCUCUCCCAUCACUAGUCCUCUUUGGCGGUUUUCUCCUGCGGCCUGUCGCACGUUAACACAAAACCCAAACAAAACAAAAGAGAAAGGAAAGAAAAACAGUGUAAUAAUAAUAAUAAUUAUAAUAAUAGCGUAUGCUGGCACAGGUGGGUUCCCUGUGCAAAGCAGCUGACCCGUGGCUACCCCUAUCUCUUUGGAGACAUGCAAGCGGUUUUUAAAUUGCAUGGACGUUCAAGUUGCACGAAAGGCGAAUGACUGCAAGUAAUUCAGGCGCUUUUUUCUCCUUUUAUUUCGGAGGCCACGUUAAAAAAAAAGAAAAAGAAGGAAGAAAAUUGCAAAAAAAAAAAAGGAAAGGACCCGCGGUUGCUGGGUAACUUUGGCUCAGUGGGGAGGUAACAGGUCCUCCGAGAGCCACCCUGCUUGGCAUGCAUGUACCUUCAAAACUGUCUGGCUGGAGGCUCAUGCCCCUGAGUGCACUGUAGUUUUGCAGCGGCUUCAGUGUUGUCAGCUUUUCCCUUUUCUUUGGGAGGUGAGGAGUGUCAGUCAGGGAGCAAGAGGGGUGAAGGGCUCCUGUGCUGCUGUGGAGGGGGGAAACAUGGUUGGGGGCAGUAGGCAGAGGUCCCCGCCUGUGGAGCUGGGGAGGGGGCAGAGGAUGCUUCAGUUGCAUGUGCAGAUUUGGGGCCACAGGCAUGUUCUGGCUGGAGCUGCGGGGUCAUUGCUGAGCCUCUUCUGCAAAUAUCCCCCUCUCCUCCCCCUUCCUCCAAGAGCUUUUUUGGAGAAGUUUUCAGUGCAAAGUGGCCCAGGUAGUCUACUGGGGCCAAAAACUAGAAACAGCACUGCAGCCCCUCCCCACUGGAGAGUUUUUCUCCUUUGGAACACCCUUGCCUUGAUAGCUAUAAUAUAUAUGCGAGCUAUACUGAUGCCAUGCUGUAAGCUAAUGAAAUUUUAAGGAGGAAAAAAAGGUUAAAUUCACACUCCAAAAAUAUUUAUUUUUGCCAUAUUGCUUUCUGCGCAUCAUAUGUCCCCCAUUAUAUCCGCCCCCUUCCCCUGCCCCGGGGAAACACUUGCACGUUUAAAGAAAGUCCAGAGCAAGGCAAAAUACGGAUGGGGGAAGAGGCGCGGGGCCCCCCUCCCGAAUCGGGGCGACGUGUGUGUGACCAGUGUGCAUGUACGUGUGCAUGUGUGUGUGUGCGUGGGGGAAUGAGUGGCGCGGGUGCCCAGACGGAAGCUGUUCAGAUGUACUGGAGUGAACCUGAGAGGAUGCGUAGUGAGGAGUUGGUUGCGAGACAGUGGCGGGAUGGGGGGUCCCGGGGAGGCUUUCCACCUUCCCAGCUCCCUGGCCGCAUGGAUGUGGAGGCCUUUUCAUUUUCAAUGUUUCCCUCCUUCUGUGAAAUUCAAGCGAGAUAAGAGAUGAUCUCACCCGUAAUCUCCUCACCCUGCCAUUCACCGAUUAGAGAAAACACUGUGUUUUUAGAUAUAUAAAGAUAUAUUUUUUGGAAGCCUCUAUUUUUCAGACUCGGUUUUCUCACUGCUAAGAAAAGAGAUGAUAAUAAUGUAAUUUUAUUUUAAUCUGCUGCCUCGGAAAACGGUGCUUGAAACUCCCAUUCCUCUUUUUCUCCCCGUAAAAACAAAGCAGAUCUAAGCACCCUAGAGAUGUCACGUAAAAGCUGACCCCAGCAGAUACCUGCCAAUGGCAUCACGCCUGCUUCGGGCCCUGAGCCGCUCACGGCUUCCCCACUAACCCACUAGUUGAAGACUUAGACCAUAUCCAAAUCUCGAACACUAACAAAAUUGUCCGUUUCUAUUGUUUUUUUUUUUAGCACACAGCUAAUCACCUUCCAAUGGCGUAGCCGGGUGUUUGUCAGCUCCUUUUAAAGGCACUUUUUUUUCCCCCCUUUAUAUCCUUUUUUAAGUUACAGUUCUAGGUGUAAGUACUCUUUCUGUCCCAGGGAGAGUCCGUCAGCUGGCAUUGAGGAUCACCCAGGUCCCAGGGCUGGCAGGGAUCUAGUGUUGAUAUUUUUUUCCUUAUGAAAGGGACAGAAACGAUUGUGUUUUUCUUUGGUUUUUAAAUGCAGUCAUGGUAUUUGAGAUUCAAGCUUGUGCGAGUUAAGCCCAGCAUAUGUUUCAUUGUAAUCACACUGCCGUUGUCAGCAGCCGGAUGGUAUCUCUCUCGCUCACACACACAAACAUAUCCCUCCUUCCUGCACAAAGAACUGCAUAUAUUCUUGCCAAAGAUACCCUUAAAAACGCACUUUUCCCCACAUAUAUAUUUUAUUUUUUUUUUUUGCGUGUGUAAAUUUGUUGUAUGUGCCCUUUUUGUGUUGGUUCUUUGGAGAAGCCCCUUCUCAUCCAUCCUUCCUUUGCUGUCGAUGUUACUGUUUGUUGGGAAAUGCUCUUGGGGGGUGGGGUGUGUCAUUUGCUACCUGUCCCAGAUUGUAGUGCCCACAACGUGCAAAAUGUGGGCUUCCUUUUCAGCAUGUGGGUUUCCCAUUCAGUGGCGCUGCCUUGGGCUCCCUUCUGGGAGAUAUUCUGAGGGUUGAUCCAUGUCAUCAUUGCCAGUGGAGAUUGUGGGCUUAUGGGUUUAAGCACAUAAAUUGAGCAAAGUUUGGGGUUGCUGUGGAUGCAACGUUAGCUGGCUGCCCCCUGGUCAAACCACACAUGGAAAACAAACCAGGUAGGGAGAAAAACCCAACGCAGCCUCCAGGCAUCAAUUUUCCAGUGAGUUCAACUGCCUGAACUGAAGUGCAAAGUAAAUCCCCACCCAGCAGGUCAGGCAGGUAAAGAAACCAGUUGCCCCAAAACCCCAGACAGCAGCAUCAACAAAAGGCAGCCUUUCCCGUUGGAGCAGGCAGGAGGAUCAGACAGCAAAGGAGCCCGCAGGGGCUUGUUUCAUUUCGUUCGUUUGUUUUGCAAAUUGCGAGGUUGGUUUGGGGUUACUCUUUUUUUUUUUUUUUUAAUUAUUAUUUUUUAUUUUCCUUAAAAAGGAAAAAAAAUAAAAAGAAAAAAAAGGAAGCAACCCCACGUUUCUGUUGGCAGUUCCUGUACCGCCGUGUUAUUUGUGGUUUUUUUUUUUGUUGUUGUCUUCGUUACUUUGGGAACGUUACAGAUUUAUUUGCUAAUCAGUGUUAAUGAACAGUUUCAAACUUUUAGACUUGCCCAUUUCUGUGUAUUUAUAGAUGGAAAGAAAAAAACCCCACGUUAUAUUUGUAUCUUUGUGCCCAUAAUGUUGUCGCGCGUGUAAGGAUGACUUCGGUCGCACCCUGUCCGUGUGUGAAUGUGACUCCGCUGUUGUCUUCCCAUUGUACAGAUGUCAGAUUCUUUGCAGUUCAUUGUAUGGCUUUAUAAAGUAAAAACAACAAAAAAAGAAAUCAGUUACAUAAAAUACACUGUUGCUUGGAAAGCCA